GUCUUUCCCGUCUCCUCCAGCGGACCCGAACACAGACGGAACCAGGUAGUCUGCUUCGCUGGUGGAACUAUCUACACCCUGGCUCAAACUGGCCCGCAACCGGUUUUAAGUAGUGCUGAUUCCGCGUAUUCUCGCACCGGAUAAGCGGACCUGUCUACCCGAGUGGAGCGAAGCAAGACGCUGGUUGUAUCAAAAGAUCUGUCGCAGAACAUCUAGCUUUGUUCAAGGAAAGGGACACUUAGCUUGCUUUACAGUAACUUUCAUCCCACUUUGUCUGUGAUCCUGGAGGUCCAGAGAACAUGGCAACCCCCGCCCAAUGCUAUUACUGCUUCGAGUGCCUCGCUGCCUCGUACCAGGGCCUUGAGCACAUUAGCCUCACAGACGUGGAGGAGCUAUGGGAGAGACACGAGCAAUUUAAGAAGAUAUCUGCCCUCCAGGACAACGAGGAGUCGGUUUCUCUGAGGGUGAGCGAGAGACUUGGCCAGCCGUCUGAAGAUGACGAAGACAUAGACGAGGGGGGUCCCACGGGCGUAUCGUCCAAGUCCGAGAAGAGCGGCCCUGAGGCAAUGAAGCUACCCAGUAUCAGUCGCCUUCAAAGCCAAAUCUCGUCGGAUUCAAGCUCGGCCACCACGCCAUCGAGUAAUUCAUCACACACGACCCUAUCUAGUUCCACUCUUGCUACUACCAUGACCACCCCAAGCUCACAGUCACUUCAAUCUGAUGCGAGCGGCUGGAGAUGUCGGAGAGAGAAAGACCGGCAGUAUCCGUUAUUUGUAACUUGGAACACGGUGUCGAAGAGCGGCCGUAAGUCCCUUCGCGGUUGUAUCGGUACGUUUGAGGCACAGGAGCUUGCGGUGGGCCUCAAGUCCUACGCUCUCACUUCUGCCUUUGAGGAUAGCCGCUUUUCUCCCAUUUCAUCCGCCGCUAUACCCUCCCUAUCAUGCUCCUUGACACUCCUUGGGUCCUUUGAACCCUGCACUAACGCCCUAGACUGGAUCCUUGGGGUCCAUGGCAUCCGUAUCUCUUUUAUCCAUCGUGGUCGACGCUACGGUGCAACCUACUUACCCGAUGUCCCGGUAGAGCAAGGGUGGACCAAAGAGCAGACCUUGAAAAGCUUGAUGGACAAAGCCGGCUGGGAUGGCUCGUCCGAAGGUGUGACCAGGAGGUUCCUAAGAGGCAGCAGCAGCGGCAACCGCGCCUCCAACUCCAGCAAGCCAUGGGAACAAGUCUCAGACUUCCGAGUAGUCAAAUACCAAGGUUUGAAGGCCUCGGCUAGCUAUGAUGACUGGCAGGAAUGGCGAGACUGGGUUCUCUCUUUGGGAGACGGGAGUGAGAAGCUGUUAGACCCGGCUAUAUGAACGAAACAUGAUGGUCUUGGUUCUUUUUAUUUGAUCUGGAAAUGACGUUUUCUAGCCUUUGGCGUGAGCGCAUUUUGAAGACAGCCUGUCCGUUUGGUUAAUGAUGUGAUGAUGGUGUCCUUGAAGAGGUAAUGGCGUGUUCGGGUUAAUCUUUUUCAUCGUAUCUUUUUAAAUAUUUAGGGAUAUACUGAGACUGAGGCAUACAAGGUCUAAGUCACCUCUUCCCUUAUUGAUCUAGCCAGAGUAGCCCUAGUUGUUUUCUUUAUAUCCAUAAAUGAGCGCGCAUAGCACAAGUAUAGGCCAUAGGCAAUUCGAAGUAGGGCUUGCAGCU